AUCUCUUGAGGCAUGUUAGAGCUGAGGCCUCUGUUAGCUUCUUCAAGUCUCAGAGGCACACCGGGAGCUACACCUUCCUCUAACAACUGCAAGUAUGGAAUGAACUGAGAAAAAUAACAUAAACAAGACAUCUUCAACAAGUAGGGGGGAAAGAGCUGCUCACUAUGGAGCCAAAUGACAGACCGAUCCCUAGAAGGAGUCUGGGCUCCAGCUCCGGUAUACAUUAUGGCUCUUUUGUGAACAGCCUUUCAUCACUUACACCAAAGGCAGAGGAAAAGGAGAAACCAGCCAUAUCACCAAGACGUGCCUAUAUAGCUGUGGCUGUGCUAUGCUACAUCAACUUGCUCAACUACACAGAACGGUACACAAUAGCAGGUGUUCUUCCCAACAUUCAGAAGUUCUUUAAUAUAAGUGACAGCACAGCUGCACUUAUACAGACGGUUUUCAUCUGCAGUUUCUUGCUUUUGGCCCCUCUCUUUGGUUACCUGGGGGACCGCUACAACCGAAAAUACAUCAUGAUUGGUGGUUUGUGUGUGUGGCUUGCGACUGCAAUCGGCAGCUCUUUUGUCACUGAGUCGUACUUCUGGCUUCUGAUGCUGUUGCGAGCCAUGGUCGGGAUAGGGGAGGCCAGCUACUCCACCAUUGCUCCCACAAUCAUUGGUGACCUCUUUGUUGGGAAUCAACGGAGCGCCAUGAUCUGUGUCUUCUACCUCUGUAUCCCCGUUGGAAGUGGUCUUGGAUACAUUACAGGGGCAGGGGUUGCUAAUCUGACAGGAGACUGGCGCUGGGCUCUCACGAUCACUCCCAUCUUGGGUGUAGUGGGACUUUUCUUGCUGGUCUUCUUAUGCCCUAACCCACCCAGAGGUGCUGCAGAAACCCAAGGAGAGGGAGUUACAGGCCAGAGCUCUUACAAGGAGGAUGUCAAAUAUCUUCUGAAAAAGUAGGACAUGGAAACUAAUACCCGGCUAAUAGUGGAUUGUUGGGGCCAAUACAGAUAUUGAUUGAGAGUAUUAAAAAAUAAAUUUACAUCAGGCUCCCUGGCUUUCUGGAUGCCUACGUUUCUGUCCAGAGCUCAGGUCAGUCAGGGAAUCCGACAGCCGUGCGUCCAAGAGCCCUGCGACCCCAUAGACAGUUAUAUCUUCGGUGCUGUGACGGUGGUGACAGGCAUUGUGGGAGCGUGUCUCGGCAGUGGUUUAUCUAGAAGGUUAAGGGACAAGGUCCCAAAUGCCGACCCACUCAUCUGCGCAGUAGGCCUGCUGGGAUCGGCUCCCUGCCUCUUCAUCACCAUCUUUGUGGCGUCAGCAAGCAUUCCCGCCACUUACGUAUUCAUUUUCAUUGGUGAAUUAUUGAUAUCACUGAACUGGGCUGUCUUGGCUGAUAUACUGCUGUAUGUUGUCGUACCAACCAGAAGGUCCACAGCUGAGGCGCUCCAGAUUUCAGUCCUUCAUCUCCUGGGUGAUGCCGGGAGUCCUUACCUAGUAGGAGCGAUCUCUGAUGCUAUAGGCAAAUCUAGAUCUGCAACACCUGAAUGGAGCUUCCUCAGUCUGAAGUACAGCCUUUUGGUUUGCCCUUUUGUUGGGAUCCUGGGUGGACUGUUUUUCUUCAUUACCUCCCUCUACAUUGCUGAAGACAGGAAGGCAGCUGCGCAAUUGGUUGAAGCAAGCCCCUCACCACAGCAGAGUCCUGCAUCUGAGCCCGCAAUGGAACUGAGCACCGAGGGCAUUAAGUAAAGCUGGACAAAAGCAACCAUGGCAUUAAUGUGUCUGUAAAUAUUUGAAACUACUGGUGUUGGCAAAAUAUCCAUGUUCGUCCCUUCACAGCCACACACUGAUGACAGAUACAGAGAAAACGUAAUUAAUUCAUUCACACUGUAAGAUCAUCAAAUGCCUUUUUUUUUUAUAUUUGUCUGUUCACUCAGGCUCAAAUUGUAUUUUCUACAGAUAAAGUCAAGUCAUGUCAACUUCAUGUGUAUAGCCCAAAAGCUAAAGCUUAGGCCAACUUAAAAGAAAAAUGCUGAACUUGUUUACCUAUCUGUUACAGUGUUAGUACAAUAUUACCUCCCAUUCAGGGGCACUGUUGUAUACUUGAAAAGUACAUGCUUACAGUAUAUUUUCUUAAUUGACAUGUUUCAUUUUUAAAUAAAUAAAUUUAGUUUAAGUAAAACUGUUA